CCUCUGCUGUCAGUUGUGGUUGGAAGUGCGGGGUGGGACGGUGCAAGCUGCCACCUUCAGCCCGCGCGGAGCAACUUGAGUUGGCAGCCCGCUGCUCCAGCGCCAGGCUCGACCGGGCCACAGCUGGAAGCAAAACUACUAUGAAGAUAAGAGGACAUGAAGGUGCACUUCCAUCUCAUUUUCCUGUUGCAUGCAUGUACUGUAGUUUUAGGACUUGAAGUAGUAACUGGGCAGGUUUCCAAAGACUGCAUUCUGCCAUGCUCCUUUCCACGUGGUGAAGAAGUAGUAAUUCACUGGAAGAAAGAACUCCAAAAUGUGCACAGCUACUACAGUGGGCAGGACCAACUAGCAAGCCAAGACUUUCAAUACCGGGGUAGAACAGCCCUCUUUCAUGAGGGAAUUCCCAGUGGAAAUGCCUCCUUAAAACUGAGUAAACUACACCCGGCCGAUGAGGGCUUCUAUUCUUGCUAUGUGGGGACAAAACAAACGAGAACAGAAGUGGAAGUCAAACUGUCCAUACAAGCUCCCCCUCAUUAUGCAAUGGAAUAUGAAAAACAAGACUCUGAGGGACAACUGAAAUGUUCUGCCUUUCUUGGCUAUCCUAAGCCUAAUAUUACAUGGCAAGACUGCUGUAUAUCAAGGGAAGACACAAGAACCGAAAGAACACAGGAUGGACUUUAUUCAGUUAGAAGUGAGAAGAUUAUUACAGACAAAGCUUAUUCUUAUGUGUGUCGCAUUCAGUUUGGGGAUCAGAUCUGGACUGCUGACUGGAAGAGGGCAGAUCUACUUUGUAGAAGUGAAGGAGGUACUGCCAUAAUCCCAUGUGAAGUUUCUGAAGAAAGUUCCUCAUACACUAUUACUUUGAAAGCAAUAAAAAGUGCAUCUGCUUCUGUUCUGGCAUCCUUCAACAGCACAUCAAGAAGCCCUGUACUUCUGCCACAAAGGUUCUCUUUGGACAAAGACAAGCCAGCUAAAUAUAAGUUAAGGAUAAGUGGCCUGACUCUAGAUGACCAGGGAGAAUAUCUGUGUAAUGUUUCAACACCUCAGUACACAAAACUGACUAUAACAACUUUACAAGUUGAAGAAAGAACAAAUUCUGCUGUAUCUGUAUCUGGCACUGGCAUUGUCAUCGGCAUUGUCAUCGGCAUUGUCAUUACUACUGUUAUUGGCGGCAUUUUAUAUUAUUUAUUGAAGGUGUGUAUGACUGUGGGCAUUAGCAAACACCCUUCCACACACUUUAGUACAAGAUUCAUGUAA